AACUUUAACCUGCGCCAGCUGGGCAUCUGCGAGCCAGCCACCCGGCGCGGCCUGGCCUUUUGCGCCGAGAUGGGCCUGCCGCACCGCGGCUACUCGGUGGGCGCCGGCUCCGACGUGGACACGGAGAACGAGGGCGUGAUGUCGCCAGAGCGAGCCAUGCGCCUGUGGGGCCGCGGCGUCAAGUCGGGCGGACGCGGCUCCUGCCUGUCCAGCCGCUCCAAUUCGGCGCUCACACUGACCGACACCGAGCACGAGAACAAGUCGGACAGCGAGAACGGUUCUCCCAUGCCAUCCUCUCUAUCAAGUCCAUCAGUCACUGAGCAUUCACAUUCUCAACCACCAUCACCCAAUCUCCAUGACAACCAGAGUCCGCUGCUAAGUAAUGUCACCACGGAGACUGUGCAUGACUCGGACUCUGAGGAGGAAUUCGCAGCCACCCUGUACUUACCAGUAGCACAGCCGGCACAGGGUUCUGCAUGUAAUGAGCAACUGUCCAAUCAGCAUCAUCACCAGCAGGGCCAGUCCACGCUGCCGCCAGCCCCGCCUCCGCACAAGCAGCAGCCGUCCGUCACCGCGCUCAACCACAACUCCCUGACCAACCGUCGCAACGUGAGCCCGGCGCCGCCGGCCGCACUGCCCGCCGAGCUGCAAACCACGCCCGAAUCCGUCCCGCUGCAGGACAGCUGGGUCCUGGGCAGCAAUGUGCCGCUGGAAAGCAGGCACUUCCUCUUUAAGACAGGCACCGGCACCACCCCACUGUUCAGCACGGCAACGCCUGGCUACACCAUGGCGACGGGGGCGGUCUACUCACCGCCCACCCGACCACUGCCCAGGAACACGCUGUCGCGGAGCGCCUUCAAGUUCAAGAAGUCGUCCAAGUACUGCUCGUGGAGGUGCACCGCCCUGAGCGCCGUGGCCAUCUCUGUGCUGCUGUCCAUCCUCCUCUGCUACUGCAUAGCCAUGCAUCUGUUUGGGUUGAACUGGCAGCUUCAGGAGACAGAGGGCUAUGCCUUUGAGAACGGCCAGGUGAAGUCGGACACGGCGCCCACUAACUCGGUCACCGCGCUGUCUGCUGACAGUGGUAAACUGGGCGUGUUUCUACAGGAGAACAACACCAUAGACACGGGAGAGGUGGACGUGGGCCGCAGGGCAGUUCAGGACGUUCCUCCGGGAAUGUUCUGGCGUUCCCAGAUCUUCAUCGACCAGCCACAGUAUCUCAAGUUCAACAUCUCGGUGCAACGCGACGCCUUGGUCGGGGUCUACGGCCGCAAAGGCCUACCGCCCUCUCACACGCAGUAUGACUUUGUGGAGCUGCUGGAUGGCAGUCUGCUCAUCACCAAGGAGAAGCGCAGUCUGCUGGAGAUGGAGGGUGCACGACGGGCGCGCUCGGUGAAUUUGCACGAGGCCGGAUUCAUCCGCUUCCUGGACUCGGGCACCUGGCACAUGGCCUUCUACAACGACGGCAAGAACAACGAGCAGGUCUCCUACAACACCAUCGUCAUAGAUUCCGUCACCGAAUGCCCUCACAAUUGCCAUGGAAACGGAGACUGUCGAUCUGGAACGUGCCAUUGUUUCCCAGGUUUCCUUGGACCUGAUUGCUCAAGAGCUGCCUGCCCCGUGCUGUGCAGUGGCAAUGGUCAGUACUCUAGGGGGCGCUGUCUGUGCUACAGUGGCUGGAAGGGCACCGAGUGUGACGUGCCCAGCAACCAGUGCAUUGACGUCCACUGUGGCGGCCACGGGAUCUGCAUCAUGGGCACCUGCGCCUGCAACACGGGCUACAAGGGAGACAACUGCGAGGAGGUGGACUGCCUGGACCCCACCUGCUCAGGACAUGGCAUGUGCAUCCACGGCGAGUGCCACUGCAACCCAGGCUGGGGCGGCACCAGCUGCGAGAUCCUCAAGACCAUGUGCCCGGACCAGUGCUCGGGCCACGGCACCUACCAGACUGAGAGCGCCACCUGUGCCUGCCAUGCCAACUGGAGCGGGCCCGACUGCUCCAUCGAGGUGUGUCCGAUGGACUGCGGCUCCCACGGCAUGUGUGUUGGGGGCGGCUGCCGCUGUGAGGAGGGCUGGACGGGUCCAGUGUGUGACGUGAAGGCCUGCCACCCCCGAUGCACCGAGAACGGAGUGUGUAAGGACGGCAAGUGUGAGUGCAACCAGGGCUGGUCUGGAGAGCACUGCACACUCGCUCACUCUUUGGAUCCUUCAGUGAGAGGAGAGAGUCUAGGAGGAUAUAAAGAGGGCUGUCCUGGCCUGUGUAACAACAACGGCCGCUGCACUCUGGACAUGAACGUUUGGUUCUGCGUCUGCCAGCCCGGCUGGAGGGGUGCCGGCUGCGACGUCGCCAUGGAGACCCUCUGCGGAGACAACAAGGACAACGAAGGAGAUGGCCUGGCCGACUGCAUGGACCCUGACUGCUGUGUGCAGCCCUCGUGCCAGAACCAGCCAUACUGCCGCGGGUCGCCCAACCCCAGCAGCGUCAUCAGCAUGAGCCAAUCAGCUCCCACGCAGCAGGCCGCCCUGUCCUUCUACCAGCGAAUCAGCUUCCUUGUGGGCACGGAGAGCACCCACAUCAUCACGGGAGACAACCCCUUCAACAAGAGCCUGGUGUCCAUCAUCCGAGGACAGGUGUUGACAGCUGAUGGAACUCCCCUUAUCGGAGUCAACGUCUCCUUCAUCCACUACCCAGAUCACGGCUACACUAUCACACGGCAGGAUGGCAUGUUUGACAUCCUGGCCAAUGGCGGAGCAUCAUUGACUCUUAGCUUCGAGCGGGCGCCGUUCCUGACGCAGUACCGUACGGUGUGGAUCCCAUGGAAUGUGUUCUACGUGAUGGACACGCUGGUCAUGAAGAAGGAGGAGAACGACAUCCCCAGCUGUGACCUCAGCGGCUUCGUCCGCCCCAGCCCCCUCAUCGUGGCCACACCCCUGUCCACCUUUUACAGGGCCUCGCCUCAAGAUGGGCCUAUUAUUCCUGAGACGCAGGUGCUGCAGGAGGAGACAGCCAUCCCGGGCAGUGACCUGAACCUCAUGUACCUGAGCUCGCGGGCGUCCGGCUACAAGCCCCUGCUGAAGGUGACCAUGACCCAGGCCACGGUGCCCUUCAACCUGAUGAAGGUGCACCUGAUGGUGGCCGUGGUGGGGCGCCUCUUCCAGAAGUGGUUCCCUGCGCAGCCCAACCUGUCCUACACCUUCAUCUGGGACAAGACGGACGCCUACAACCAGAAGGUCUACGGCAUGUCCGAGGCCGUGGUGUCGGUGGGCUUUGAGUACGAGUCGUGUCUGGACCUGAUCCUGUGGGAGAAGAGGACGGCGUUGCUGCAGGGCUACGAGCUGGACGCCUCCAACAUCGGCGGCUGGACGCUGGACAAACACCAUGUGCUGGACGUGCAGAACGGCAUCCUGUAUAAGGGGAACGGUGAGAACAUUUUCAUCUCCCAGCAGCCCCCUGUCAUCAGCACCAUCAUGGGCAACGGCCGGCGCCGGAGCAUCUCCUGCCCCAGCUGCAACGGUCAGGCGGACGGCAACAAGCUGCUGGCGCCCGUGGCCCUGGCAUGCGGCGCCGACGGAAGCCUGUUCGUGGGCGACUUCAACUACAUCCGCCGCAUCUUCCCCUCCGGCAACGUCACCAGCGUCAUGGAGCUCAGAAAUAAAGAUUUCAGACAUAGCAACAACCCGGCGCACAGGUACUACCUGGCCACGGACCCGGUGACGGGUCAGCUGUACGUGUCGGACACCAACUCGCGGCGGAUCUACCGGCCCAAGGUGCUGACAGGCACUAAGGAGCUGCUGCAGAACGGGGAGGUGGUGGCGGGGACCGGCGAGCAGUGUCUGCCCUUUGAUGAGGCCCGCUGUGGGGACGGGGGCAAGGCCACCGAGGCCCUCCUGCUGGGGCCCAAAGGGAUCGCGGUGGAUAAGAAUGGCUACAUCUACUUUGUGGACGGCACCAUGAUUAGGAAGAUCGACCGCAACGGCAUCAUCUCCACCCUACUGGGCUCCAACGACCUGACCUCGGCACGGCCCCUCACCUGCGACACCAGCAUGCACAUCGGACAGGUGCGUUUGGAGUGGCCCACAGAUCUGGCCAUCAACCCCAUGGACAACUCCAUCUACGUGCUGGACAACAACGUGGUGCUGCAGAUCACGGAGAACCGGCAGGUGCGCAUCGUGGCUGGGCGGCCCAUGCACUGCCAGGUGCCGGGCAUCGAGUACACCAUGGGUAAGCGCGCCGUCCAGACCACCCUGGAGGGCGCCACGGCCAUCGCACUGUCCUACAGUGGCGUGCUCUUCAUCUCCGAGACCGACGAGAAGAAGAUCCACCGCAUCCGGCAGGUGUCCACCGACGGCGAGAUCUCACCGCUGGCCGGCGCGCCGUCGGACUGCGACUGCAAGAACGACGCCAACUGCGACUGCUACCAGACUGGCGAGGGCUACGCCAAGGACGCGCGGCUCAACUCGCCCUCCUCACUGGUGGUGGCGCCGGACGGCGCGCUCUUCGUGGCCGACCUGGGCAACAUCCGCAUCCGCGCCAUCCGUCGCAACCGACCGCCCGUGGGCUCCUCCGGCCUCUACGAGGUGGCCUCGGCGUCCGAGCAGGAGCUGUACGCGUUCGACGCCAACGGCACGCACCAGUACACGGCCAGCCUGGUCACCGGCGACUACAAGUACAACUUCAGCUACAGCAACGAGGACGACGUGACCGCCGUCACCGACAGCAGCGGCAACAACGCUUGUCGCCAUGUGACAACGGCUAACGGGUGGCGUGUGGUCGCUCCCGACAACCAGGUCAUCUGGCUGACCAUUGGCACCAACGGCGGCCUGAAGACCCUCACGGCACAGGGGCAGGAGCUUGUGCUCCUCACUUACCAUGGCAACAGCGGUCUCCUGGCAACCAAGAGCAUUCAGAUUGGCUGGACCACCUUCUACGACUACGAUAGCGAGGGACGCCUGACCAAUGUCACCUUCCCCACCGGCGUCAUUACCAGUCUCCAUGGCGACAUGAAGCCUGCGCUGACGGUGGACAUCGAGACGUCUGGCCGCGAGGAUGACGUCAGCAUCACCACCAACCUCUCCUCCAUAGACUCCUUCUACACACUGGUGCAAGACCAACUGAGGAACAGCUACCAGGUGGGCUAUGAUAACUCCCUGCGCGUUAUCUACGCCAACGGGAUGGACACACACUACCAGACGGAGCCGCACAUCCUGGCAGGGCCCGCCAACCCUACGGUGGCCCGGAGGAACAUGACCCUUCCCGGGGAGAGCGGCCAGAACCUGGUGGAGUGGCGCUUCCGCAAAGAGCAGACGCGAGGAAAGGUCAUCGUGUUUGGACGAAAGCUGAGGGUCAAUGGGAGGAACCUGCUCUCGGUGGACUCUGAUCGAGCAGCUGCUUGAGGCCGGAAGAUCUCAAACGAUCAUCGCAAGUUUCUGCUGAAGAUCGUCUACGACUCGUCGGGACACCCCACGCUGUGGGUGCCCAGCAGCAAACUGAUGUCGGUCAACCUCACCUACUCCAGUACGGGCCAGGUGACCUGCCUCCAGCGCGGUCCCACCUCCGAGCGCGUGGAGUACGACAGCCAGGGACGCAUCGUCUCGCGCACCUUCGCCGACGGCAAGACCUGGAGCUACACCUACCUGGAUAAGUCCAUGGUCCUGCUCUUGCACAGCCAGCGGCAGUACAUCUUCGACUAUGACAUGCAGGACCGUCUGUCGGCUAUCACCAUGCCCAGCGUGGCGCGGCACACCAUGCAGACCAUCCGCUCUGUGGGCUACUACCGCAACAUCUACAACCCGCCGGAGAGCAACGCAUCGGUGACGGUGGACUACAGCGAGGACGGUCAGCUGCUGCGCGUGGCCCACCUGGGCACGGGCCGGCGCGUGCUCUACAAGUACCGGCGUCAGAACAAGCUGGCCGAGAUCCUGUACGACAGCACGCGCGUCAGCUUCACCUACGACGAGACGGCCGGCGUGCUCAAGACGGUCAACCUGCAGAGCGAGGGCUUCAUCUGCUCCAUCCGCUACCGGCAGGUGGGCCCGCUCGUCGACCGGCAGAUCUUCCGCUUCAGCGAAGACGGCAUGGUCAACGCGCGCUUCGACUACACCUAUGACAACAGCUUCCGGGUCACCAGCAUGCAGGGGGUCAUCAACGAGACGCCGCUGCCCAUCGACCUCUACCAGUUCGAUGACAUCUCGGGCAAGGUGGAGCAGUUCGGCAAGUUCGGGGUCAUCUACUACGACAUCAACCAGAUCAUCUCCACGGCGGUGAUGACCUACACCAAGCACUUUGACGCGCACGGCCGCAUCAAGGAGAUCCAGUACGAGAUCUUCCGCUCACUCCUCUACUGGAUCACCAUCCAGUACGACAACGUGGGCCGCGUCACCAAGCGCGAGAUCAAGAUCGGGCCCUUCGCCAAUACCACCAAGUACGGCUACGAGUACGACGUGGACGGCCAGCUGCAGACCGUCUAUCUCAACGAGAAGAUCAUGUGGCGCUACAACUACGACCUCAACGGCAACCUGCACCUGCUCAACCCCGGCAACAGCGCCCGGCUCACGCCGCUCCGCUACGACCUGCGUGACCGCAUCACGCGUCUCGGCGACGUCCAGUACCGGCUGGACGAGGGGCGGCUUCCCUCGCGUCAGCGGCACACGAGAUCUUCCAAUUACAACUCAAGGGGCCUGCUGGUCGGCGUGCACAGCAAGAGGCGUGGCUGGACGAUCCAGUACCGCUACGACGGCCUCGGACGCCGACUGGCCUCGCGCAACAGCCUCGGCCAGCACCUGCAGUUCUUCUACGCCGACCUCAGCUACCCGACGCGCAUCACACACGUCUACAACCACUCCAGCUCGGAGAUCACCUCGCUCUACUACGACCUGCAGGGCCACCUGUUCGCCAUGGAGAUCAGCAGCGGCGAGGAGUUCUACAUCGCCUGCGACAACACCGGCACGCCACUGGCCGUCUUCAGCAGCAACGGGCGCCUGCUCAAGCAGGUCCACUACACGGCGUUCGGCGAGAUCUACUUCGACUCCAACCCUGCUUUCCAGCUGGUCAUCGGCUUCCACGGCGGCCUGUACGACCCGCUGACCCGGCUGCUGCACUUCGGCGAACGAGACUACGACAUCCCGGCCGGCCGCUGGACCACACCGGACAUCGCCACCUGGAAGCGGGUGGGAAAGGACCCUAUGCCGUUCAAUCUGUACAUGUUCCGCAACAACAACCCCGUCAGCAAGGUGCAUGAGGUCAAGGAGUACGUCACAGAUGUCAACAUCUGGCUGGUGACGUUCGGGUUCCAUCUCCACAAUGCCAUCCCUGGAUUCCCCAUCCCCAAGUUUGACCUGACGCAGCCUUCGCUGGAGAUGAGGAAGAGUCAGCUGUGGGAUGACCUGCCGUCUAUCUCUGGGGUGCAGCAGGCCGUGACGCACCAGGCCAAGGCGUUCCUGUCGUUCGAGCGCAUGCCGGAGAUCCAGCUGAAUCGGCGGCGGCCUAGCGGGGAGCGUCCGUGGCUGUGGUUCGCCACCGUCAAGUCGCUCAUCGGCAAGGGCGUGAUGAUGGCCAUCAGCCAGGGCCGCGUGCUGACCAGCGCCCUCAACAUCGCCAACGAGGACUGCAUCAAGGUGGCCACGGUGCUCAACCACGCCUACUACCUGGAGGACCUCCACUUCACGGUGGAGGGCCGCGACACGCACUACUUCAUCAAGACAACGCUGCCCGAGAACGACCUGGGCAUGCUGCGGCUCACCAGCGGCCGCAAGGCGCUGGACAGCGGCGUCAACGUGACGGUGUCGCAGUCCACCACGGUGGUGAACGGGCGCACGCGACGCCUGGCCGACGUGGAGCUGCAGUACGGCGCCCUGGCGCUGCACGUGCGCUACGGCUCCACGCUGGACGAGGAGAAGGCGCGCGUGCUGGAGCAGGCCAGGCAGCGGGCGCUGGCCCAGGCGUGGCGUAUGCCGCAGCAGCGGUGUCUAGGAGGGCGAGGGCGCCCUGGGCCGGAGGGUGAGAAGCGGCAGCUGCUGAGCAACGGCAAGGUGCAGGGCUAUGACGGCUACUACGUGCUGUCAGUGGAGCAGUACCCCGAGCUGGCCGACAGCGCCAACAACAUCCAGUUCCUGCGCCAGAGCGAGAUCGGGAAGAGGUAACACGACGGCACACGCGCGGCCUCAUCUCCCGCUCCACGCCUGCCCGACGACCUGCCGGACUCCCUCGUCCCCCCUUAACCCCCCACCCACCCACCUGUCACAUAUCCAUCCGCCAAAGAGACUGUUGAGCUCAACCCUCCCCCUGUCUGUGUCCUGUACACAAACAUGUUUAAAUACACUCCCACUCUCACAUCCAAACACACACACACACACACUCACACACAAAGACAUAUACAGAUACAUAUUCAGAUAUAUAUGGAGCCUCGCUGUUUCAGAAGACCAUAGGAGGCUUCAAGCUAGCGCCUUGUGUAGGGUCAUCUCAGUCUAACGCAGUUGCCAUGUAGAAAAUGUCUCAAUUUUUAAGCAGUAAAAUGACCCAAACAUAGCCUGGACCAGGACAGUCUGACCCGAACAUAGCCUGGACCAGGACAGUCUGAGUCGUGGUUCACGUUUGGCCCGCCUCUCUGCGUGGAAGUGACUACGGACUUCUCCUCAGAAGAACAAACCAAGACUCUUCACUUUGUAAAAGUUGAAAACAAAAAAAAAAACUUCUCUUUCUUUCUUCAUUUCUUUCUUUUUUUUACUGUCAACCUUAGAGGUGACCUGCUUCAAACACAGAAACAAGAAGGAGAAAAACAAAGCAGACGGACGAUUUGAAGUGUUUACAUACAGUAACGCAUACCACUGCACUUCUCCGGAGUGAGAACACUCCGACAACGUUCAUAUCACAUCCCCCGGCACGUCCUGAUUGGCUGACCUAAUAGGAAGAGACGGCUUAGGAGAGAUGGAAAAAAAGCGAAAUCACUUGUUUGGUUGGCGGGUAGGGCAGUUCAGCUCUGUGUGGUGUACAGCUGCGAGCUACACAAGUGAAGCCAUGUGGCUCUCUCUCUCUGUGGGAAGGACACUCCUUGGAGUGAUGUUCACACUCUCGCGCCUGCAUCCGAGGGGUCCUGUGGGGCCCGGGCCCCGAGCCACUGGGCUUAGGGGCCACGUCCAUGAUGAGGUGCGGGAGAGGCGUAAAAUAGAAUUCAAAUAAAAGAGCGACAUGUGAAAGAAUAAAAAGAAUCAUAUCCAAUCGAGCUUUUAACUGAGACAUGAGAAUAAUCUUUAUGGAUUUUUUUUUUUUAAAGAUGAAAGAAAGUAAAUCCACUUAUCCGUAUUUCAAUAUUAGUCUCAGAGAAAGUAAUUUAUGUACAGUGUUUCUACUUUAAAAAAAAUAAAACCUUAAAAAUAGAGAUUUCCUCUUGUCAUGCAUUACUGUUUAUACUUUACAUAUUUUAUCCUGUUAGAAUUGAUGGUAAUGCUAUUCAAGAUAAGUAUCAGACUGUACUUUGUCAUUCAUUUCUGCAUUCAGGCUGGAAGUUUGUUUUUUCUUAUCCUCUCUGUAUCUUGCUUUUUUUCUCUCUCUUUCCUGAAACUUUGUUUGGCACUUACUGUUUUUGGAAAUUGUCCAUUAAGUCGUUUCAAGCUCUCUAUGCCUUUAUAGGAAAUCGUUUGUGAUAGAUACUGCAAACCAGGUCUUUCAGAAGAAGACACAGACAAACUUUACACUCGAGUCGAUAUCUAGCCUGGUGACCAGCGUGUUCGAUUAGCAAACAGUGUUAUGCUCUUCAGGCUGGAUUUGUGUUGUUUUCGUUUGCUUUAUCCUCCAACUCUGCUUCGCACGUCGACAUGCCCUUUUGCAAAGAUUUUCUGUGUGAGUGUCAUAGUGCUUUUGCCUUCUGUGUGUGCAGGAGAGCAUGUGCUGAUAUGACCAGCCAGUUAACUGCUUGCCUAUAGGCACAAACUGAGCGAGUGAAUGCACAAACAUGAAAACACGAAACAUCGUCGAGCAGGCCACUUAACGCAUUCAUAACAAAUCAUGAUUAAUGUAGUCUAACAAGCCCCCAAAGGCCAGUUAUCACACCGUGUCAUGGAUAGACACAAUCGUGUCAAACGCAUGAUUAGCCCGAAUGUGGGCAUGAUCAGAGGGAUGAGGAAGAGGAGGUGACCUCUUCCACACUUCGGCUAAGCCAGUGGAAGGUGGAUAGGAAGGAACACGAAACAAUGUGCAUUAGGCUGGAUAUUUUUUGGACAUAACCUAAAUAGCAAGUGAGUGUGAUGUGAAGAGGUCUCCAGGCAAUGUGCAGGAGGAUCAGGGAGCAGCAGGAGCCUUCUCGUCUUUACAGUGCUUAAUACUCGCCUCUUAACACGCUGUCUCUCCAUAUCUCUCUCUCUCCUUUCUCUCUUUUCUUCUCUCUCUCUCUCACUCUCAGCCGGAGGGAAAAACACACACUCUUAGUGAGAAGACAGAGAAAGCUGUAGGGAAAGGGAAUAAACUUUUCUACAGUCAUGCUCAUGAUGUUUUUCUUUUUUGGUGGUUGCAACUUUAUUUUCUUGCGAAGGGGAUUUCGACAGCUCACACUGUUUGAAGUCAAUAACUCUGACAGCAAGCCUCACAUCUCUGAUAAGUCAGGACUCCAGGUCUGACUUUAAACAAAUACAUCCCUCAUUUAGAACACCAAGUCUUCAUGGAAUGGCUCAUUCUGUAGUAAAGGCGAUUUUUGUUGUUUGUUUUUCGUAAAACACUCUUUAAGAUUGUACCAGUUUAAAAAAAAAUGUAUGGACUAACGAAUGAGAAAGUAAUAUUUCUGUUUUGUUUAGUGUUCAUUUUGUAUCUGUUUGAAUUUCAUCUUUUUUUUAUCAAGUCAUUGAAUUGUAUUUUUCUAUUGGUGUAUGACCAGUUUGACUGGGUCUUUGAGAAGGAAGCAAUGUUAGGUUACUACGCUUGUGUGAUUAUUUCUGUUCUCUCUAUCUGUGUGUCUGAUUCUCUGUGGUAUUAUUGGCUGGGCCCUGCCGGGGUCAUGCACUGUGUUUGAACAGAAAGGACAGUGGCCAUUCUCCUCCUGACUGACCGUUCUUUAGCCCCCUCGCCUUGCCCGAGCGUGUCUUCGUAUUUGAGGGGUGGCCAUAUAAUCAGUAUUCUUAUGCGAUUCUGGUUCUCCAGGCUCUCAUUUUGACCCCUAGACCCCUCCAGGCUCCCAUAUUUGACCCCUGUCCAAAGAUUAUUUGAAAAGAAAAAUCACUCUGUUUCGUUCAGGCAUUUCAAUGCAUGUCAAUCAUGUCAACUUCAUCUUAAGGCUUACAGUGAGCUCCCUCAAAUCUUUUGCUGGAGAAAAAAAAACAUUCUGUCGCCGUUUCUGUGUCCUGAGAACUGGCAUGCAGUCAUGUGAAGUAGAGCCCCCCAGCUCCAGGGCCCAGAGGAGGGAGGCUAGGGCCGGAGGAGGAGGAGGAGGAGGUGGUGGACGAGGGCUAAGCAGUCCAACAGGGAGAGGAGAGCACCAGGAUGGGCAGGGAGGUCCGCUUUUGUUUGACUGUCAUUUGCAUGCCUACAAUGUAAAAUGCCCAUGGCCACUCCCGUCAGAGAAGAAAUGUGCAUCUCAUGACUUGGACCCCUCAUGUCAGCACAAUAAAAAAUAUGUAGGUUAGAGCAGAGUGGGGCUACGUUCUGUAUAGGAAAUAUUGCACUAUAAUGUCCAUAGUGUAAUUGCAUUGCUUCGUUUGAUUUAUUUACCUUUAAGUGCUAGUCAGGUCACGGAUCAGGGUGAAGCGAGAGCUUGUCGUGUCAUUUUUAAUGGCAGAGGAGGACGCGGGAAGGUCCUCGAUAAUAGAGGACCCUAAAUAAGAGUGGGUGGGGGUGGGGGUUACUGACAUGCAGAAUUGGUUGGAGGCAAGCGCAUUUUCAUGAUUUGGUACAAAAUGGCUGUCACUGACCAUCCUGGACACGGACACAAUUCAUACAGUGGACAACCACUAGGGUGGAGAUAGAGCAUGUGUGCACCAGAGAUGGGCUCUGCCCCGAUCCUAGGACGUCAUGUGGUGAUCGAGAUGCAUUUGUUUUAAACAUGCUUUUAGUCAUUACUCGUCACCUGCUAGACGAGGAGCUUAUUUCAAAGGUGGUUCUUUUGUUUUCUUUAUGUGGCAAGGAAAAGUGUCUCUCUCUCUCUCUCUCUCUCUCUCUCUCUUGUGUGAAGCAGGGAUGCAAAAUCUCAAGAUCUGAACUGUAAAUCCAAUAAAAAAAAUGUCAGUCUUUUUUUCUGUGUGAUGAAGGUACAGAACUUUUUUAUUUAUUCAAAAACUUCUGUUUUUUGUUUCAUUUGUCCUUCCUUCAGUCAGCAUCCUCUGCAGAUUCAUGUUAUUGUUUAUAUACACGUUGCCAUUUAGAGUGCAAAUAAAGUGCGAUUUUAAUGUCAUCUGGAAAGAGGUCAUUUCUGGGACGGCAGUCCUUCUUAUCUUCAUGUCAGUGCUCCACAGAGAUCAAUCAUACAAAUAAAAUGGAAUACUGUAAAGGCUUCUGAA